AUGGAUACGACAAUGUACAAAACUCAGAUCGAGAACUCGAGACCGUUCACCGUCAGGCGCAUGAUCAAGGAUGGGAACAUCAUCUCGGGGGUGCCGUCCGUCGCCAAGUGCGUGUGGACCACGAUCAGGACGGAGAACUUGGAGGUGUACGAGGCCAAGCUCGAGGAUGCGAAGAUGACCAAGGGCUGUAAGGGGUACGUACAUGAACAAGAGCGCGAAGACGGACACCUACUCGAUCCCAGGGCUAAGUUCAUGUACGUGUCCAAGGACGGAAGUGCUACAUGCCCAGUCGCCCCUGACGUGUGCUCGACCGGGGUCCCGCUUGAGAUCUACGAUAAGAUUAACACUAACUUUGAUGACUCCGAGAUCUGGAUGCUCGCGCCCAUCACGCUUGCCAGGAUUAGAGAGGUGUACUACCACUGGUACAAGGACUAG